UCAUUAAUUGUUGUUCAGAUUCUCUUAGUUAAUAGUGUAAGACCCAUCCCUUGCUACGAGGUGCAUCAAUGCAUGAAACCAGCGGAGGCAUGGUUGGAUCGAGAAGUUAAAUAUAGUUAUGUUAGUAGA